AUGGCGGGCUCUCAUACGUUCCUCAUCGCGAGUUUACACAGAUAUCAACCAAGCGUCGCGUCAUGGUCCUCCCCGAUGUUAUGGGCUGUGAUUCUCGCGUCCUGUCUCUGGCUUUUGGUACGCCGCCCGAAUCUCACCGACAAGGAUGGGCACCCCAUCCCGCCCGGACCCCCCGUACGCUACGCGUUUCUUCGGAGGUACCCCGAGAAGCCAUUGUACAAGUGGGCGCAGAAAUACGGCCCCAUAUACUCGGUUUGGAUGGGGACUCAGCUUUUCGUCGUCAUCAACGAUCCCCAAGUGGCCCGUGACUUACUUGUAACCCACGGCGCCAACUUCUCGAGUCGUUGGCCGUACUUUAUGAAGAAUCAAACCAUUCUACGUGGGGGCGGGAUUACUGCGGCUUCGUAUAACGAUACAUGGCGGAAACAUCGAAGAAUUGCCAUGUGGCUUCUCAACUCUAAGGCAAUACGAACGUAUGCGGAGACGAUCGACUAUGAAGCCCACAUAUUCUUACGGUCGCUAUAUGAUCUUUCCCAACAAGGGAAGAUCCCAAUCGAUCCGGCUACUUACGCUGGUCGGUAUGCAUUGAAUAACAUGCUUACCCUGACCUUUGGGAGUCGUACCGUGAAGGCCACCGACCCCCUUGUCCAAGAGGCACUUCGCUUAGGCAUGGAAUUUAUGCGACUGACUGGUCCCUGGUCGAACAUGAUCGACUUCUUUAAAAUUCUUCAGUGGAUUCCUACAACCAUGCGCGCCCAAGGUCGAAAAUUGCACAACGACUUCAUCGCCGUUUAUGGGGCUAUGAUGCUGCGCACGAAGGCCCGAAUGGACGCGGGAGAAGAGGUGCCUGAUUGCCUUGUUAAGACACUCAUCCAGUGUCAAGAGGAGGAGCAGCUCACAUGGGAGGAUAUGUGUUUCAUUGUCAGCGCCUUCACGACUGGAGGCGUUCAUUCGACGUCGGGCAUCAUCGAGUGGUUCCUCGCUCUCAUGCCCUCGAACCUUCAUGUUCAAGCGAAAGCCGCCGAGGAACUGGAUCGCGUCGUGGGCAGAGAUACCUGGCCCACGGCUGAAGAUGAAAUGAAGUUGCCCUAUUGCAGAGCGAUUAUCAAAGAGGUUUUACGCAUUCAUGCCUCCUUCUGGAUGGGGACACCCCACUGCUCCGAUGAAGAUUUUGUGUACAGAGGCCUUUUCAUCCCCGCGAACUCGGUCAUGGUCCUAAAUGUAUACGCUCUGCACCACAACGAAUCACGUUACCCCGAUUCAUUCUCGUUCAAUCCUGAACGCUAUCUCGGCGACGAGCUAGGCGCUAUGGAUUCGGCUAAACAGCCGGAUGCUCUUAUAAGGGACCACUGGGCCUUCGGAGCUGGUCGACGUAUCUGCCCCGGGAUGGAAAUGGCUGAGCGUGAACUCUUUCUAGCAAUCUCGCGUCUCCUGUGGGCCUUCAGCUUUACCGAAGUGCCGGGGGAGCCGAUUUGUCUGGAAGAAUACGAAGGGUUUUCGGGGCGCACACCGCUCCCUUACAAAUUGACACCAAAGCCGAGACACGCCAUGGUUCACGAUGUGCUGGUGGAGAAGACUGAGAUCAACUUGAAUGAUGUAUGA